UGGGUAUUUCAAUUAUUGCGCAAUAUAGCUUAGAAAGCAGCUUCGUAAAUCUCUCACUUUAGCAGGCAAGCUAGGCGGAGAUCAAGGUAGGUACGAGCCCUGUGAGCUGAACUUAACUGGAGGCAAUGGAGGUGCUGGGGUUGGUGGAUAUUCCGACAUGGCUUCAAUGGGUGAUGUUGCUGGUCGGGCUGGUGGUAACCUACGUCAUAUACAUGUCUUGGGAUCAUAACACAUUUAAGAAGAUGGGAAUUGACGGUCCUAAGCCUGAUCCAGUAUUUGGAAACAUGAGGAUGUUAACCGAGGAUGGGGUUAUUAAAGCAGAACUAGAUAUGUACCGCAAAUAUGGCAAAGUGUUUGGAAUGUACGAGUCGUAUGUCCCGGUCCUGUACAUCGCUGAUCCCGCUCUUCUGAAGGAUAUUUUGGUGAAAGACUUCAAAAACUUUGUCAACAGGAGGGACACAUUUAGGAAAUUUUCCGAUUCCAAAAUGAAUUUGAUGCUCACGCAACUACAGGAUGACCAUUGGCGUUUUGUUCGGAAUACCAUCACCCCAACGUUUAGUGGCAAGAAGUUGCGACAGAUGACAUCUCUAAUUAACAACUCUGCUGACAAGUUCAUGGAACACAUCGAUCAAAAGAUCAAAGAAGAUGAAGACAUUGAUAUGAAAGGGUUCAUAGGAGGCUUCACUAUGGAUGUGAUUGCCAGUACUGGAUUUGGUCUGGACGUUAACAGCCAGAAUAACCCGGAUAAUUCUUUUACGAAACAUGCCAGAUAUUUCUCAGAUCCAACUUCUAUUGCAGUGCUGGUGGUCAUUGUUUUCUUUUUACCAUUUUUUUGGUGGAUUUUAAGACUAUCUGCAUUUCUUGGAUUCAACCUCACAAAAGUGAGAACUGCAAUGAACUUUUUCGCACGUGUCACUGAAAAAGCGUUAACGGAAAGACGGCAGUCCCCUGGAGAACAUUUUGAUUUUCUCGGAAUAAUGGUCAAAGCUGAAAAAGGUGAUGAGCCUACAGAGGAGGAGAAAGGAGAUGAAUUACUCAAAGAAAAUGAUGCCAGUGAAACAUUGUCAACAUGGACACGCAAGACACUGACUGUGGAAGAGAUAACAGCCCAGGCUACACUGUUUUUCGUUGCCGGAUAUGACACGACCUCCAACUCUCUUUGCUUCCUCAUGUACCAUUUAGUCCUCUACCCUGAAAUCUGUGACAACCUCCUACAGGAAAUUGAUGAUAAGUUAAAUGGGCAAGCACCGAAUUAUGAUAAUGUAGCUAAACUCUCUUAUAUGGAAAUGUGUAUUAAUGAGACGAUGAGGCUGUUCCCUGCCGCGUCUAGACUUGAUCGUGAGGCUAAAAAUGACGUCACCAUCGGAAAUAUCAGGAUCCCGAAAGGAAUGAUUAUAAAUAUACCGGUGGGUGCCAUACAUAUGGAUCCCGAGUACUGGCCUGAACCAGAGAAAUUUGACCCGGAAAGAUUCACACCAGAGGCCAAAGCUAACAGAGACCCGUUUGUCUUCAUGCCGUUUGGCGCUGGACCCCGCAACUGUGUCGGGAUGAGGCUUGCUCUCCUUGCAAUGAAGAUAGCUAUCGUCAGAAUCCUGCAGAAUUAUCGACCUGUAAAAAGCCCAAAGACAGAGAUUCCGAUCAAUGUUUCAAAGAUGGGGAACAUUCCAUUGGGUUUGUACCUAAAAUUUGAGAAGAGGACUUAAAACAAUGUUCAUUUGAGAAGAGAAGUUAAACAAUGUACAUCGUAUCAGGAUUAGACUGCUACAAUUUCUCCGUAGUAACUAGUAAAGUCAAAAAACAUUACUAGUGAUAAAAUGUACAUUUAUAUGCUCUAUACACAUAUCUGCGUAUUUUUAAAACUUUAUUGAUCGGUAGAUUAACAACACAAGGUAUAUAUAUAUAUAUAUUGUAUUCGCUCGUUAUCGGUAAUUAUACCAUUGAUCGUGAGUAUAACGUUAGUGUCAGAUGUAAUUUUAAUAAUUACACAUAGAGCUGAUAUUUUAGAUUUAAAAAUGUAAUAAAACAAUCGAAUGUUAAUAUUACGAACCUAGUUGCGUUCAGUGAAAAUUGAUUUAUAUUAAUGGGAAGUAUGCCAGAUAGCAAAUUAAUUCAAGGUUUCUGUUAAAGCAUGUGAUGUAAGAUCAUAUGUUAAUGAAUAAAUCAUAUCCAUUGUUGAUGAUUGUAAAUAAAUCCUUGAAAAUGUUAUAAAGAAGAUAGAACAUUUCCACCCCACGAUAUUGUUUUCUGCUGCCUUGAUAUUACAGACUGAUUAAUACAGUGUAUUACAGAAUAAAGUAUCACACAUGGUUUGACACCUGGAUGCACGCAAUCUCCUCCUACAUUUUUCGACCGAUCUCUUUGAAACUUGAAAUACAUUAUAAUCAUGAUAUGUAGUUGUGUCUC